ACCUGAGUAACAACAACCUGCUGGAUUCAGGAGUGAAGCAGCUUUCUGCUGGACUGGAGAGUCCACACUGUGGACUGGACACCCUCAGGUUGAGUGGCUGUAAUCUCUCAGAGAGAAGCUGUGCAGCUCUGUCCUCAGUUCUCAGCUCCCAGUCCUCUAGUCUGAGAGAUAUGGACCUGAGUAACAACGACCUGCAGGAUUCAGGAGUGAAGCAGCUUUCUGCUGGACUGGAGAGUCCACACUGUGAACUGGAAACCCUCAGUCUGUCAGGAUGUCUGAUCACAGAGGAAGGCUGUGCUUCUCUGGCAUCAGCUCUGAGCUCCAACCCCUCCCAUCUGAGAGAGCUGGACCUGAGCUACAAUCAUCCAGGAGACUCAGGAGAGAAGCGACUGUCUGCUGGACUGAAGGAUCCACACUGGAGACUGGACAAACUCAGGAUGGACCAUGGUGGACAGCAGAGACUGAAACCUGGUCUGAGGAAGUGAGGGAGAGUCUCUCCUGUGGACAGGAACUCUGCUGACUGAAGAUCAGCUGCUAAAAUCAAACAUCACACACUCUGCACUGUGAAGCAGAUCUGUCUCAGACUCAAACACUCAGUUAUUUUUGCUUCUACAUGAUUCAUUGAUUAGUCUCAGUUGAUUCUGCUGUUGUUACUGUCAGGAUCCAAUGAGCAGCAUGCAGCUCUAUUCAUGUUUCAAUCUAAUAACAUCUGUCCAGCUGUGAAAGCCCACAGUGUUUUUGUGCUUCUGACAUGGAUUUGAUCUGAUCAUCAAUAAAAACUAUUCAUGGUGUUAUUGUGGAAAACAUCCUAACUUUACUGACACAAUGGAUAAUAUAACAAGCUUUUAAAAUACAACACAUUGUUAAAGAUGAAAGAUUGUGCUGUGAUGUAAAACUGUUAAAAAAAAAAGUCAGGAAGCAAAACUCUUGUGGCUGUAUUG